AUGUCGGACGAAGAGGAGGCGGUGGCGGAGGCAGAGGAGAUCAUUCGCAGCCAACGGAUCUUCCUCAACCAUCUGGACAGCUAUGGCGGCAGAAAUAUUGGGAAGUAUCUGGCCAGUUGUAUUGUUGGAGCCUCCUUGGAAGAAAUAGCAGAAGAAGAGGAAGAAGAUGAGGAAGGAAGAUCAGUUGUUGAAACUGGGCCCCCUAAACCAAGAGAAGGAAUAUAUCAAAUAGUGGGAACUCUUUCACAGCCAGAGAAUACUAAACCAGAUUUUGCCAUGGAAGUAUAUACAACAACUUCUCAAGAUGAACUGCUAGUUCACAUGUUAGAAUGUGAUGUCAUUAUUUAUAACAUUACUGAAGACCCCAAACAAAUUGAUGAGGCAACCUGGGCAGCAACAGCAUUACAUGCAGAAUCAAAACACUUUGAAAAGCAGAAAUUAUUCAUUCUUCUAUCAACAAUAAUGACAUGGGCACGGAGCAAGCCUCUUGAUCCGGAAGAUCCAGAAAUACCAUUCACUGAAGAAGACUAUCGUAGAAGAAAACCCCAUCUUAAUUUUGUGGAACACAUCAACGCUGAAAAAACCAUUAUCAAACUUGGGAAAACAAACAGAAACAAAUUUGACACAUACGUUAUUGCUUCAGGUGUUCAGUAUGGAGCUGAAGAAAGACUUCUCCACUACUUUUUUAAGUUGUCUUGGCUUGGUGAGACUCCUACAAUACCAUGUUUUGGAGAUGGACGAAAUGUGGUUCCAACCAUUCACAUUACUGACUUAGCAGCAGUGUUGCAGAAUAUAGCAGAUCAUAGACCGAGGACCAAUUACUUAGUUGCAGUGGAUGAAUCAACACAAACCCUGGGUGAAAUUGUGAAGUGCAUCAGCAAAAAUGUGGGCCCAGGAAAAAUACAGAAGGUUCCAAGAGAAAAUGCUUUCCUAAGCAAAGAAUUAACGCAAACAUACUUGGAUGAAUUGUUUGUGAAUCUACGAAUGGAAGCCGUAUUCUUGAAGGAGAACUUCAACAUAAAAUGGGUUGCUCAAGGAGGGAUAGUAGAAAACAUUGAACAAGUUGUCAAUGAGUAUAAACUAACUCGUGGAUUAUUGCCAGUUAAAAUUUGUAUACUUGGUCCUCCUGGAGUAGGGAAAACUUCAAUUGCAGAAGAACUAUGCAAAUAUUACAAAGUGCACCACAUUAAAAUAAAGGAAGUGAUCACUAAAGCCAUAGAAAAUCUGGAAAAAUUAGUUGCUCCUCGAGAGGGAACAGAGUCUGUAGAAGAAGGGGAAGAAGAAGAGGAAGAGGAGGAGGAAGAACAAGCAGAUAAUAUAGAAGAAGCACAAGAAUUGUUAGAUGGAGUUAAAGAAAACAUGGAGCAAAAUUCAGGUCGUCUAGAUGAUAACUAUGUGAUUCGGUUCAUGAAGGAAAUGCUAAUGUCUAUGCCUUGUAAAAACCAAGGGUACGUUUUGGAUGGGUUUCCAAAAAUCUAUGACCUGGCAAAAGAUCUUUUUAACAUUGAAGAGGAGGAAGAAGAUGAUGAUAUGAGAGGCAAAAUGUAUCGCUAUGACAAAUUAAUAACUCCUGACUAUGUUGUUUCUUUGAAUGCUUCUGAUGAAUUCUUGAAAAACCGAAUCAUGAAUCUCCCUGAAAGCAUUGUUGCUGGAACGCAUUAUGCCCAGGAUCGAUACUUAAGAUCCCUCAGUCUUUUUAGGGACUUAAACACUGAGGAUGAAACUGUUCUCAACUAUUUUGAUGAAAUAGAAAUACAUCCACAAUAUAUUGAUGUUUCAAAAUUUGAGGGCCUGGAAAACAGAGUUAUAGCAAAAGAAAUAAUCAAAAACAUUGGUGAACCUAGAAAUUAUGGUAUGACAGAUGAAGAAAAGGAAGAAUUUGAACGGCAACUAGCAGAAGAACGCCUUGCUAGAGAAGCUAAAGAAAAGGCUGACUUGGAGAAACAGGAGUUGGAAGAAAGGGCCCAAAAAAUAGCAAACUGGGAAGAAUGGAAUAAGCGUUUAGAAGAAGUGAAGCGGCAAGAACAAGAACUUCUGGAAGCCCAAUCAAUUCCACUGAGGAACUACUUAAUGAAGCAUGUAAUGCCAACACUUAUGCAGGGGUUGAAUCAAUGUUGCAUGGUUAGGCCAGAUGACCCGGUUGACUUUCUGGCAGAAUAUCUCUUCAAGAAUAAUCCGGAAUUUGACUAAGAAAUCUAAAC